AUGAACGGUGGUGGUGUUGGUGGUGGAUCCCCCCAGCUUGCGGUGAAGAAAGGGCCGUGGACGACGGCGGAAGAUGCCAUCUUGAUAGAGUAUGUGAGGAAGCAUGGUGAAGGGAAUUGGAAUGCAGUUCAGAAGAAUUGUGGGCUGUUGAGAUGUGGGAAGAGUUGUAGGCUGAGAUGGGCUAACCAUCUUAGGCCUAACCUCAAAAAAGGUGCUUUUACUCCUGAAGAAGAGAAGACGAUCAUUGACCUUCAUGCUAGGCUUGGCAACAAAUGGGCUCGCAUGGCCAAUAAGCUUUCUGGCCGAACAGACAACGAGAUCAAGAAUUACUGGAACACCAGAGUGAAGAGACUCCAACGCGCCGGUUUACCGAUCUACCCUGAAAACAUUUCCCAACGGUAUGAUCAACCUCAACCACAAGCACCACAGCCUCAACUCAACAACAACAACCACCACCAAAAGAUCCCCAACUCUUUUUCACCUUCUUUCUCGGCCCUUUUGUCGUCGUCGUCGUCUCCAUCACCUAUCUUCUCAUCCCUAUUGUCAUCGUCGGCGCCAUCCCGUCUCACUACUCAAACACCAAACUCAACUCCCCUCUCUCUUUCCUCAAUCCUUACAGUUUCUCAAGAAUGCACCAACAAACUCUUUGCAGCCCACCCACCCUUCUUCAUUUCUCUCCAAUCCCAACCCUCACAAUCAAUCCUUUUCGCAACAACAACUCCAAAUCAAUGUUCACCACCAUCACCACCAUCAACAACCACCAUGGCAGCUUCGUUCAACCCACAUGGUGGUUUGUCCCCCCAGGACACCGAGACCGACCCUUUCUUUGCUCCAAUCUCGGUCGUACUUACUAUUGUUGAUGGACAGAGACAGAGUCGUACUUCUAAUCAUAGCUCUGCCUCGAGUUGCGGAACUCUUUCGAUUUCUGAUCUGGAAGAGGACACCACUAGGAUUGAUACUCUGAAGAAAGAGUAUGCUAAUAAUAAUGCUACUGGUAAUGAAAAGAAAGAUAAUGCUACUGGUAAUGAGAAGAAAGAUAAUGCUAAUACUUUUAGUAAUAAAAGGUGCAUAAAUCUGCUUCUCAUGAAGAUAGAUCUUCAAAGAUCCAAAGCUGAACGCCUUCACAAGAAGAAAAUGAUGAAUUCAUUGGGGAAAUCCACAGGAUUUUGGAUGAAAGAAAAUGACCAGUGGGAAGAGAUGUUUGACAUGGAUGAUGAUUUGUCCAGCCUGCUCAACAACUUCCCAAUGACUGUGCCUGUCCCUUAUUGGUAUGAUGCAAUUGGAACUAGUUCAUUUGGACAAUCAUCAAACAUGAUGGAUGGAUACUUAGGACUCAAUAAUCUUCCAGAAGCUUCACCCUCUGCGGUUGCCACCACAAUGGAGACUACAAACCCUGAUCAAACUAGGAGCUUAUGCUGUUGGAACAACAUGCCUGACAUAUGCUAA